UGUUAAAUACAGGUUUCCCAUUAUACGACGAUCCAAUAUUUUGUUGCUUUAAAAUAUUUUUGAUUUUGCUGUUUAAACAUUACAAAUAUUUUUCUAAAUUAUUUUUACAAAGUUAAAUUUUCUUAAUCUAAUCAUUUUUGUAUAUAAUCAGUUUUUAAGUGUCUCGUGCUGGCUAUAAACUCAUAAUAACAUUACAGAGACUACUUGUAAUAAAAUGCACUGACCCGAUGGUAUAGUGGUAACACGCUUGGCUGUCAAAUUCGAAUCCUGGUUCAGGCACUAGAAAUUUCUGAGAUACUCUAAAAGUGCAACUAAAAGACCAGUUCUGGUUAUCGCAGGAAAGAUAGGUCCUACAAUGUAAUAAUGUGUUAUUUAGAAAACAACCAACGUGCGGAAAAUGUUUGUUUGCUUUAGUGUAGGUGGGACUUUAUGUGUUUCUCAAUCUGUGUUAUAUAUAAUUCGUUAGCAUAAUUUUUGGUAAUAUUUUCAGGUUCAUGAACUAUAACAGUUACUUUAAUAGUACACAACAAUUAUAUCCAUCUCGGGUCUUUAAGACAUACUUCUUAAUGAAAAGUUACUAAAAUUUUAUGUAAAAAUGUGAAAGAACUUUAAGCGAUAAAGGCGAGCAAUAAAUUAAAUCUCGAGCGGUCAGUUAUUCCAUUGAUGUCGACAGACCAGAUGUAAUCCUGAUCAAACUUCAAUCAAUCUUGGCGUGCUGGGAUACAAUUUUUCUCGUUGGUCAGUUUACAGGAUAUGUCUAGAAGGAUUUUGCAGACGAAUAAUUUGGUUCAGUGUGUUCUUAGCCUUUUAGCAGUGUUUUAAAAAACAGGAUAUUCAGAUACAGCAAGUAUGGCAAUGUUAUCAUUAAAACAAACCUGCAGAAUAGGCGCUUAUUACAGAAAUCAAUUAGGUUUUAAAUGUAUUUGUGAUUGCAUUCAAUCGUAAACAGAUGGUUACUUGUGUUAUAAAGAUUUAAACAGUCUACUUGGAUUAAGAGAAAAAAAUUCCACAGGCCUAGCGGUCAUAAGUGGUCAUUAUGACCGGGUCAGAGGGUGUUAACACCUCGCUCUUUAUAGACGUCCUGGAGGGUGAAAAUUUAGCCAAUUUCUCUACAAACGCGUCAUCCGGGAACUUUACAUACAUAUCCAUAAUGCGAGACAACUCUGUCAACGCGUUAUGUGACGGAUUGUCCCAGAACACGUCCAUGUGCAAUAAGAAAGGACUUGGAAUUAGUCUGUCCACGCCGAUUCUUAUGAAUUCAGCUGGAAUUCUUGGAAAUUUUGUGGCACUUAUGGUUCUAUAUACCGCUCGCAGAGAAAUGAAAAAAACAAUGUUUUAUGUUUUACUGUGCGGGCUAGCUGGAACAGACCUUCUUGGUCAAUUAAUGACAGGUCCCAUUGCAAUUAUCGUAUACGCAAAUAAUCUGCAGUGGGUAGGCGGUGAUCCCCUAUGUAAAUACCACGGCUUCUUCAUGGUUUGCUUUGGGAUGAUUACUCCAUUACUAGUCUGUUGUUUGUCUAUAGAACGUGUCACUGCACUCCGUUUUCCGUAUUAUUACGAGAGAUCAGUGACUAAAAAGAAAGUGGUCGGCUUGAUUUUGUCAUGUUGGGCAUUUGUGUUGAUAUUCUGCUGCAUGCCAUUCAUUGGAUUCGGAAGUUACGCUCACCAGUUUCCAGGGUCGUGGUGUUUUCUUAACUUCCACAGGGAGAGUACCAGCGAUGAAGCGUACGCAUAUACCUAUGCUUUUAUCAACGUCAUCAUCAUUUCUGUUAUAAUCAUCGGCAAUUCAUUGGUCAUGGUAACUUUGGUACAAAUGAAAAAGAAAAAGUUGAAAAAGAGAAAUUUGACCAGUUCGCCGUCAACUGAGAGACGCAACGGUAGUCAAAGAAAAUCAAAACUGAAAGUGGAAGAAGAAACCCAAAUGAUCUGGUUCCUGUUUGCAAUAACCAUAGUAUUUACAACCUGCUGGUUCCCGCUAAAUAUACACAUACUCAUCAAUCAGGUUACGGGUCGUAUCAAUUACCCAGCAGACCUUAUAGGCGUCCGCCUGGCGAGUAUUAAUGUAAUUCUUGAUCCAUGGCUAUACAUUCUUCUGAGAAAGUCUGUCAUCGUAAAAGCUUUCAGAUUUAUUAAAAACUUAUUUUUCAAAGACAAAAGUUUGUCUCCGAAGAGGAGCACCAGAUACAUUACAAACUAUAGUCAAAACCAGAUUCCAAAGGGCUCUAUACAUGAGCGAGAGGACAGGGAAGGUCAUGAACUUGGAGCAAUUGAUCAAACGUGUAAUCAGGUGAAAGAAUUUGAUAAGCGUAGUGCAUGCUCAGAUACGAGUAGCUCGUCAAGUAGUGCGGAGUCAGAUUCUGAUAUGGAGAGACGUUAUUUGAAACAAGUAAGAAAACGAUCAAGACUAUCAGAUUCCGGAUUAACUUAUCAGAAAAAGAACUCGUACGAGAGUUGUAAUGGAUUUAACCGUGAGAAUGAUAUUCCAGUUGUAAACAAUAGAAAGACGAGCCUUCCGGCAAGAAUUUCCAGAGACUAAGAAUUUUAAUCAUUUCUAUUUUGUUUAUUUUAACAAGAUGAGUUGCAGGCAAUUCAUGGACUUAAGGUUAACAAUACACAAGUAUUUACAUUUGUUCUAUUGUGUAUAUUAGGUACAUCAUCAGUAAUCUAAUCGUGAACUUCCUAAUUUAUCUGUAUCUUGAAAUGAAUUUUCUGUUGUUUUCUUAUAACUAUUGCCAGACUGUUUCAGGACGUAUUUAUUUUAAAUAGGUCUAUUUUAAGUGGCACAGAAGUGGUUUAUAAAUCUCAAAAAAAUAUUGUAUCAGCAUAAAUGUUAUGAUAUUAUGAUUAUUACUUUACAUGUAUUGUUGUUUACACGUAAAUUUUGUAAAUAGAAUACCAUGUUACAAUGUU